AUGGCUUCUCAACCGACGCACCUUGAGCCCUCCAAGCUCGGAACGAAAGAAUACUGGUCCUCCCUCUACACGACCGAACUCACAAACCACGCCUCCAACCCCGAAGACCGCGGCACCGUCUGGUUCGACGACUCGGACGCCGAGUCCAAGCUCCUGACCUACCUCGAGGACCUGACCGAGUCCGCCCCCUUCGACCACUCCGUCCGCCAAGCCGACGCCACCUUCCUCGACCUCGGCUGCGGCAACGGCUCGCUCCUCUUCGCCCUCCGCGACGAGGGCUGGGCCGGCCGCGCGCUGGGCGUCGACUACGCCCCGCAGAGCGUGGAGCUCGCGCGGCGGAUUGCGGCGCAGAGGGCUUCCAAGGAGGACGAGGACAUGGCAGACGCAGGAGAGGAGGAAGAAGAAGAGGUGAAGGAGCCGGAUUUCGACGAGUGGGAUCUGUUGAAUGGGCCUUGGGAGACCGUUUUGAACGGGCCGCAGAAGGACGGGUGGGACGUCGUGCUUGACAAGGGGACCUUCGACGCCAUCUGCCUCAGCGACGAGAAGGACGCGCAGGGACGACGGAUCUGCGAGGGGUACAGGGGCCGCGUUCUGCGACUUGUGAAGCCGGGUGGUUUGCUGCUCAUCACGAGCUGCAACUGGACGGAGACGGAGCUCAAGGCGUGGUUCGAGGGUCCGGCGAAUGAGGGCGACGUUGGGAAGUUCGUGGCGGUUGGCAAGGUGGACUACCCCAGCUUCACAUUCGGCGGCGCCAAGGGCCAGACGAUUAGCAGCUUGUGUUUCCAGAGACAGGCCUAA